GCCGCGCGUGUGGGCUCCGGGGCUCGUCCGGCUGGCCAGGCGCCCGCGUUUCUGCGGCGAGUUCCCGGCCGGGGCGGACCGCAGCUCUGGGGAUGCGGCAGCGUUGAGAGCUCGCCUCCAGCGGACACCGGAGCCGGUCGCGGAGAGUCCUCCUGGGGUGGGAAGUUGGGUCCGCUCCGCACUCCGGCAUCAUGGCCAGCCCUGCGGGGUCGCAGAACAAGGAAAUAGACUGUCUGAGUCCAGAAGCUCAAAGACUGGCGGAGGCCAGGCUUGCAGCAAAGCGUGCGGCCCGCGCUGAGGCUCGAGAGAUCCGGAUGAAGGAGCUGGAGCGGCAGCAGAAGGAGGCUUCUGAUGAAGAUGAGCGCAUGUCCGUGGGUAGCCGCGGCAGCCUGAGGGUUGAAGAGAGACCAGAGAAAGAUUUUGCUGAGAAGGGGUCUCGCAACAUGCCGGGCUUGUCUGCAGCCACGCUGGCCUCCCUGGGUGGAACAUCUUCCCGGAGGGGAAGCGGAGACACCUCCAUCUCCAUUGACACCGAGGCAUCCAUCAGGGAGAUCAAGGACUCACUAGCAGAAGUGGAAGAGAAAUACAAGAAGGCUAUGGUUUCCAAUGCCCAGCUAGACAACGAGAAGACCAACUUCAUGUAUCAGGUUGACAACCUGAAGGACACGCUGCUGGAGCUCGAGGAGCAGCUGGCUGAGUCUCAGCGGCAGUACGAAGAGAAAAGCAAAGAGUUUGAGCGGGAAAAGCAUGCCCACAGCGUGCUGCAGUUCCAGUUUGCUGAGGUCAAGGAGGCGCUGAGGCAGAGGGAAGAAAUGCUGGAGAAACAUGGAAUAAUCCUAAAUUCAGAAAUAGCCAACAAUGGAGAGACUUCAGAUACACUAAACAAUGUUGGGUACCAAGGCUCCACCAAGAUCACUAAAGAGGAGUUAAAUGCCCUCAAGUCGGCCGGGGAUGGGACACUGGGAAGAGCCACAGAAGUGAAGGUGAAAAAUGAAAUUGUGGAGAAUAUGGGGAAAAGAGCAAUCUUGCAGAAUACUGAGCAAGGACAGCACAAAGAGGACACAGUAAAGGAUUAUGUAUCACAUCCUGGUGAAAAUGUGGAGGAGCAGAAAACCUCUGGAGACAGUGCCCCGUCCCCAGGACCCAGAGCAAAUGCUAACUGUGAGGAGCAGGUUCACAACCAAGUUCUAGAGAAUACUGCUUUCCUUGAAAGUCCAGGGCAGGUUGAGUCAAGAGGGGUCAUAGACGUGCCAGAUGGUGAAACUGGGGCUUCCCUGGAGCAGCCUGGUUAUUGGAGGGAUUUAGACAAGGAAGCCCCAGUACCCACGAGUGGGCAGGACAGUUGCACUGCCUUGGAUGUCAAAAGCCAAAGUGAGCCAUCUGUAGGAAGGCAGGAAAAAGAAAAGCAGGAGGAUUGGAAAAGCGACUUGGAAGAGGUUAGCCCACAAACAUGCCAGGAAUCUGCUCCUGUGCCAAUACCUGAAGUUGAAAGAAUGAGCAGGACAGAUGCUGGAGGGCCAAGUGGGGGUCCCCUGGGGAGUAUAGUAGAGGCAGGGGGAGUGCCAGCUGGGGAGCAAGUGGGCACAGCGCCUGCAAGUCCUCUGAAGCAUGGUGAUGACCCAGUGUCUCAAGGUGGACAGUGUGUGUUUAGCACCAGUGCAGGGCAGAGCUUAGAGAAGGAGCUCACCAACCAGGAGGCAACUGAGCUGAGAGAGGCCCCAGUUCAUAGCACAGAAGCCCGUGGGAAGAACAGUGCAGAAAAGGGUGGAGCUACGGAGGUGAGGGAUGAGGAGCCAGGCCACGCAGAACCCCAGCCCGACCCUGGUGCUCCAGCAGCCAAGGGCAGCCAUCAGGAAGCAACAGGCUCAGGUAGGGCCGAUGCUGAAGGUGAGCUGCUUGAUGCAAAGGAACCAGAGGAGGAGAAGAGUGACCAGCAGGCGGAGGCAUCAGAGUCACCCCAGAAGAAGAAUAAGAACAAGAAGAAGAAAAACAAGAAGAAAAGAUCACCAGCAGCUGCAGAAUCCCUUGAGGGUGUUAAGAAAGAACUGAGCUAUCAGAACGCAGAGGUAGGCGAGAUUAAGGAAGAAGAGCAGGUGCAGUUUUCUGACAAGAAACGAGUAGUGGAAUCACAAAAUGAGGUGACCCAAAAUCCAGAGCAGAAAAUUGUGGCGGGAAGCAGGGAGCCUGUGGAUUGUCCAGGGAAUCGUGAAACGGAGUUGAAUGGAAAGCUUCAGCAAGAGGGCGGUGAUGUGAAGACCAGGGCAGAGGGAAUGUCUCACGGAGGCACGCUGAAUCCCGAAGGUGGGACAGUUGAGUCGUCAGGUGCUAGUGCUAGUGAUAAAGCAUUAGAUGAAGAUGGUGAUGACAAAGCAGCCAGCAGCGCCCAGAGCAGUCCUCGAGAACCAGAGAAGGAAGAAGGGGACAGCAGCUCCCUGCUGGAAAACAGCCCCUCAGUGGACACUGAUGAUGCCUCUCGGGCAGAAAGUGCCAAGAGGCAGGAUCCGUCCCAACACCCAGGUCAGGUGGCUGACAAAGCCCAGGACAGCCUGGGUCAAGAAAGCAGUGAGUUGUCAGCAGCAGCAGGGGAGACGGGGGACUCCAGUUCAGAGGGUGGAAGAGAAGCAGGAGAAGGAAGCGAGAGGGGCAAGAGCAAAGAAGACUGCACCAUGUCCUAGGGCAGGCAGGCCGCAGACGGGCAGAUGGCGGGCCCCAGACAAGGUUGCAGAGAAGGCCCGACCCACUCCGCACAGCAAGUCCAGGCGUCAGAGACGCUUUCCUCGAUCUCACUGGCAACAGUGCAGAAUGUCCUACUUGAUCUAGAUGUACUGUAUGACAGUGACUCACUUACUACAUUAGCUACAUUGUUACCUACAGGUUCGUGUUUAAUCAUUGAGGUUGUCACCCAUAUUAGGAAGAAAGACAUUUGUUUUCAGAGUAAGUUCUGACGGAGAGCUUUCCAGUAGCAGCAAACAGUAAGGUAUACCUGUACUCUUUUUAUAUUCUAGCCUGAAGUAAAACUACUUCGCUAGACCCCAGGCCAUUAUGCAUGUAGAUGUUGACCAAAUAUGUCAACAUCCAAUGAAAUGACCAAAUAGCACUCUUAGAUUUCUGCAUCAUGAAUAUUGUGCAUAUUUAAACUAAUAUGUGUACUUCCAUAUUUGAUUUUAACAUGUACAUUAUAACCUGCAUAGUAUUUUAUUUAACUGAAAUAAAUGUCCAAAUGGCAUGUAGGUCACUGAGUGAUAAGAUAUGCACCUUAGGCCAAUAAUUGAUCAUUUUAGGGAUAACAAGUAAAUAUCUGAAAGCACUAGGGAGGUCUUUUUCUUCUUUACCUCAUGUAUUUAAUUUCAUGCCAAUACCCUUGGAUCUCAUUGUCCAGAUGACCAAGUUUAUUUUGUAGAUUUUGACUUCACUUCAUGCUUAUGAAGCAUCAGAUUCAUUGUAUAUGAAGAUUAUUUUUUAAAUAUCUUUAUCAAGAAAUAUGUUGAAAUUGCAUUUCCUACUGUGGUAUUUAGACAAGGGCAGUCUUUUAAAAUUUUUUAACUUAAAAUUACUUCUCUUUCUGUUUGAAUGUCUUAGUCAUUAUUCAAAAGAGCAACACAAAACAUUACUUGUUCUAGUGCAAACUACUCAUUAGAUUAAACUAGGAUAUUUUAAAAAGUUGAAUCACUUUUGGUAUUUUGGUAUAAAUAUUUUUAUUUGUUAUUCUCAGUAUAU